AUGGCCGGGAAAUUCGAGCCCAAAGUGCCUGUCCAGCUAGACCCUCCCAAGGACGAUCCCAUCUCUCUCGAAGCUCUUGCCGCAGCUAACGGUGUCGAUGGAGCAAAGACCUACGUUGCAAUCAAGGGCAAAGUGUACGAUGUGACUGGCAACAAGGCCUACCAGCCUGGUGGCUCAUACCACGUCUUUGCGGGCAAGGAUGCCUCCAGAGCACUGGGCAAGACAUCCACCAAGCCCGAGGACGUCUCCCCAGACUGGUCUGACCUCACUGAUAAGGAGAAGGGCACCCUCGAGGACUGGGUCACGUUCUUCUCUAAGCGAUACAACGUCGUGGGAGUCGUUGAGGGUGCCACAAAUCUCUGA